CAUUAUCUAAACGACAGCAACUGGAGGAGCGAUUCAUGCAGCUCUAGCCAAGUCCUGCUGGUAGGGCAACUUGGUUUGUUCAGUUAACAGUGAAAGUUCAGUCAUUAUGCGGAUGCUCUUAUCCAGAGCGAGUUACAAUUUCUAUUUUUUCUUAAUUUUGUUUUUAGGCAGAUAGAUAGCUGUAACAAACAAACUUUACCUGACACCACAAAGACUGUGGUUGGAUUAAUAAUUAUUUUUCCUGAAGUGAUCCUUUCGAUAUUGCACCAUAUGUUUCGUGAAAAAGUGGGAUCACAACAUUUUCUAACUGAAUUGGCUUACUAUCCCCUGCCAAUAUCCUGGUGAAAUGCGUGGAAGAUGUAUGUACUAAAAGCAUUUGGAGGUGUUUUAUCGGGAUCAAGAUGGCAGAUAAGAGAACUAUUGUACGAGUCAAAGAAACCCCUAAAUCGUAAAUAUGGUCGAAUGGACGGCAGAUGAGCGCCAUGCUCUAGCAAGCCUGUGGGGAAAAAUCGACACUGAUGAGACGGGAGCCCAAGCCGUGGCCAGGCUUCUGAUCGUGUUUCCAUGGACUCGGAGGUAUUUCAGCAGCCUCGGGAACCUGGUCGACUCAGCUGCCAUCUUGGAUAACCCCGAAGUGGUUAUGUAUGGGAUAACGCUGAUGCGGGUACUAGGCAUGGCUGUGCAGAACCCAGAUAACAUGAAGAACACCUUAACUGCACUCAGUGUGCUCCUCUCCGGGAAACUGCAUGUGGAUCCUGACAACUUCAAGCUCUUGGCCGAGUGCAUCACCGUGUGCAUUGCCGCAAAGCUGGGCCCCAGGGUUUUCGAUGCUUAUACCCACGAAGCCUUCUACAAGUUUAUGUGUGUAGUUGUGUCCGCUUUUAAAAAACAGUACCACUAGAGCAUUACUAUAUUACAGAGAUGUUCAACAGCAGUUGUCUUUCAAUGUCAAUAAA